AUGGCGGACGGGGACAGCGGCAGCGAGCGCGGCGGCGGCGGCGGGUUCGGGACCGCCCGCGGCGGGGCGGGGGGGGCCGGCCCGGCCGUCGGGCCCGGCGGCGGCGGCGCGGCCGGCCCCGAGCAGGAGACGCAGGAGCUGGCGUCCAAGCGGCUGGACAUCCAGAACAAGCGCUUCUACCUGGACGUGAAGCAGAACGCCAAGGGCCGCUUCCUCAAGAUCGCCGAGGUGGGCGCGGGCGGCUCCAAGAGCCGCCUCACGCUCUCCAUGGCCGUGGCCGCCGAGUUCCGCGACUACCUGGGCGACUUCAUCGAGCACUACGCGCAACUGGGCCCGUCCAGCCCCGAGCAACUGGCCCAGGCCGCGGGGCCGCCGGGCGAGGACGGCGCCGGGCCCCGCCGCGCCCUCAAGAGCGAAUUCCUGGUGCGGGAGAACCGCAAGUACUACCUGGACCUGAAGGAGAACCAGCGCGGGCGCUUCCUGCGCAUCCGCCAGACCGUGAACCGCGGCCCCGGCGGCCCGGGGGGGUUCGCGGGAGGCCCCCCCGGGCUGCAGAGCGGCCAGACCAUUGCGCUGCCCGCCCAGGGCCUCAUCGAGUUCCGCGACGCCCUGGCCAAGCUCAUCGACGACUACGGCGGCGAGGAGGACGAGCUGGGCGGCCCCGGCGGCGGCGGCCCGGGCGGCGGGGGGCUCUACGGGGAGCUGCCCGAGGGCACGUCCAUCACCGUGGACUCCAAGCGCUUCUUCUUCGACGUGGGCUGCAACAAGUACGGGGUGUUCCUGCGGGUCAGCGAGGUGAAGCCGUCCUACCGCAACGCCAUCACCGUCCCCUACAAGGCCUGGGCCAAGUUCGGCGGCGCCUUCUGCCGCUACGCCGAGGAGAUGCGCGACAUCCAGGAGCGCCAGCGGGACAAGCUCUACGACCGGCGAGCCGGCCCGCCGGGACCCGGCAGCGGCAGCGGCGCCGGUGACGACUCCGACGGCGACGACGUGGACGACGACUGAGCCGAUCCCCCCAGCCCUCGACCCCGACGCCGGCCCCCCACCACCCCCCAGAGCCCCGGGGCGAACGGGUCCCCGAUCCCCCCCUCCCCGUGACGGG